GUACAACUGUUUAACAUGUUUAAGGGUAUUCAUCGAGUUCAAGGUUCUAUUUUGUUUGGAAGUAGUAAAGUAUUAUUGAGACACCUUACUCCUGGGACAUGCUGUUGUCGAUAUUCCAGAUAUUCCAUGAUGCAAUCAUUCUGCGUUCUUACCGUCUUGCUGUCGGCGCUCAUGCCAUGUCUAUCGGCCUGGGCACCACUCUACCGUACCACCGACAAAGCACCAAACAGCUACAUUAUCGUGCUAAAGGAUGGAAUUGACGUAGAUGAAAUAGCCUCCUCUUUUGUUACCACGGCAACUGCAUCCGGCCAAACUUUUGAUGUUACCCACAAAUAUAGAUCCAUCUUAAAUGGAUUCUCUGUGACUCUGCGUAACGAGGAACUCCUAUCAUUGAUUCGCUCGCACGAAUCUGUUCGAUAUGUGGAGGAAGAUGGCAUGGCGUACAUUGACGAGGCAACUUGGGGCUUGGAUCGAAUCGAUCAGCGGAAUUUACCUUUGGACGAUUCUUACAUCCCUUUUGCAAAUGGAGAAGGAGCUCAUGUAUACAUUAUAGAUACCGGACUCAUGACCAGUCACACCGAGUUUGAGGAUAGGGGGACGUUUGCUUAUGACGCAACAAAUAGAGAGAUCGGCACUGGGACGGACUGUAAUGGCCAUGGGACGCACUGCGCUGGGACAGCAGCAGGAAAAGACUACGGUGUGGCACCAAAGGCCAUGGUUUAUGGUGUCAGGGUUCUUGGAUGCCAGGGAUCUGGAGCUUGGUCUGGAAUAAUUGAUGGAAUGGAUUGGGUAGCGAGUAAUGGCAACCGACCUGCUGUAGCAUCGAUGUCUCUCAGCGGUCCUGCGGAUGGGACUGCUGUUGAUGAAGCCGUAGCCAAUAUGGUGGCCGCAGGUGUUACUUUGACCGUCUCAGCUGGCAACAACAACUAUGAUGCAUGUCAACGCAUGCCAACUAGAGCACCGGAGGCGAUCACAGUUGGGGCCACCGAGAAAGACGACGCGAGGGCGUCGUUUUCCAACUACGGCGGAUGCGUCAAUAUCUUUGCCCCUGGACGAUCCGUCGUUAGUGCGGGCAUCGGUUCAGAUACCGAGUACACCUCCAAGAGUGGAACCAGUAUGUCAACGCCUCAUGUAGCAGGUGCAGCUGCCUUGUAUCUUGGCGAGAACCCAUCCCUGACACCGCUCCAAAUCCGCAGCGUACUAUCCAAUGGAGCAACUAAAGACUGUGUAUCUGACCCGAUGGGCUCACCCAAUCUACUCCUCUACGUGCCAAACCAGUAAAAAAGUGAACGUUGCUAUGCGCAUACUACGAAAAUUUUUAACCCUAAAUGAAACAGUUGUACCAACCUAUUGAAAUUAAUUUUGCACCCUAAGUGGCAAAAGGUGCAAAAAUGCACGUUUUUUAAAUCAUUAUUUGCAUCAAGAAAUGCUCGUUUCCAACCUGAAAGGUGCAAAUUGAAACCUUUUAAGGUGCAUAAUACUUGACAAAAAAAUUUCAAAUUUGAACCUUAAUUACAUGGUUCAUUUCUGCACCCUAUAGGGUGCUUAAUAAAGCUAAUAGCACCCUUAAAUGUGCACAAAUGAGCAUAAUUGCACUCAUUAACACCCCUUGGGGUUACUGCUUUUGUACCAACACCUCGGGUUCAAAUUUGAGAACCCAUAUUUCUGAGUGUGUGUUUGGGGGGUGAGGAAGAGGUAACUGAUGUCGGUGGAGAGGGGUAAAGGUCCAUUGUUACAAGGAAAGUUCAAUAAACAGAUUUAACAUGUUUUAUUGAGUUUGAUUCUUACUGAGGUUGGAUAUUAAUUUGUUUGGAUGAUGAAACAUUUAACUGGGCAUAAGAUUGAUAGGUCCUUCAAGUUUUAUUCUAUAGAUCAAUGUAAAGUUCAAAAUAGGGUUUGAUGAGUACCUUUAGCAGAAAGAAAAAGAUGUUGGGAUUUCCGAAGAAAGGACUUGUGCUAAAUAAAUUGAUUUUGAACAUGAGAAUGUCAAGUAUUAGAAAUGUUAUUGCAAAUUAAGCCUAGAUGCAUAAUUAUGUUAUUAAAAAAAGAUACAAGUGCAAUGAAUUUUUCCUGUGCAAUACAUGAUGGAAAAUUAACAUAUAAAGUAAAAUCUUUAUCAAUAAAUUCAUAUAAAUCA